CGAUAACAUCCGGUGAGUGACCUGGACUGGUCCGUCCUCCAACAUCAAAUUCAUCAUCUAACAGUGGGUCAUACCAGGUCAAGAGCAUAAACGUCAUGGUUUUCGAGGAGAAAAUGAUCCUGAACGGGGAACCUGAAGAUGAGGAGGAGGAAGAGGAGGAGGAAGAUAUGGUGGACCCCCUUGAGGUGGUGCGGGACAAGUGUGCGCAGGCAGAGCACUGCGUCCACGCCAGGGCGAAACUGGAGGACUGUGAAUCCAGGGUCGGCUCCAAGUCCGAAACCAGAGAGGACUGCACCGAGGAGCUUUUCGACUUCCUCCAUGCGCGGGACCACUGUGUGGCUCACAAAGUCUUCCAUUCUGUCAAGUAAAGUCCCUCCAGCUCCCUGCACUACUGGCAGAAGUUCCUUGUCAGAUAUAGACAACUACCAUUUAACUUAAGUGACAAGUACCUGGUUUUAAAGGAUUCCUCUGAGUCUAAGUUGUAACCUCAUACACACUGUAUUUGUUCAUGUGAAUAAAUUAUAAAUUAAGUGUUGAA